GGGCGGAUUUGUCUCUAAAAUAACGCCGAUCGACACCAAAGGCUGAUCAUGGAACCUCAAGAUCAAGACCUGCUCAGUCUCCCCACAGAGGUACUGAUCAAGAUAACUGACACUCUGACUGGCUAUGAGAAACUGUGUCUCCGUAUCUCCUGCAAGAGAUUCUAUUUCAUCCUCAGCGACCCUCGUGCCUGGAACUCCCUGGUGUGGAAAGACUGCCGCAGAAGAGAUGAAGACUUCAAGGCUCUCAGGCUAUCGUUGGGACUGUCUUGUUCCUAUGUUCAAAAUAUUUACGUAUCGUAUAAUCCUAACUCGCUAAAAUUUCCUCUUUCUAAGUUUAUCCCCAAAAUCCACAGCUGUAAACAAGUCCGAUGUCUCUCACUGAUUGGCAUGCCUAUAACGCUCUCAAUGCUGGAAAAACUGCUCUCUGCACUGCCGUCUCUGUACUAUGUCAAUGUAUCGGUGGGGCAAAAGCUUGAAGUUAACCAGAUCGUUUGUGCAGCCUCCAAGAUACAGCACCUUCAAAUAGUACGCAUUACUGAAACGUCUACAGUUAAUUUUCAGGAUCAUACCGCACAUAUUGUACCACUAGCUAUUCAAUAUUGGAGGGAAAAUGACUAUUUGCCGCCAAAUCUGGAGUUUAGUGUUUCAUACAUUUCCUUUGAAGUUGUCCUUGGCCAACUAACAAGUUGUGACCACCCAGCUUUUCUUCCAAUUUAUUCCAAUUGUUCGCCAGUUGCUGGAAAUAUGAUAAAUAAAUACCCAAUCCUAAAGGUGUCAUUACAUCCGAGCGUCGAAAUUGUGACAUGUCCUGCUAAAUCAGUUUGCUCAUCUUGUCGUGCCUCGUAUUCAUUGGUUCUAUCUCCAAGUAAUGAUCCUGUCAGCGCAACAGUGUACAAAUCAAGCAUCCCUUCACCCGGCCUCACUGUCUCAUUUUUACCCCCCAGCAUCAAAUACCUCUCUUUGGCUGGAUUAAAGGAGCUAUCUUCUACUGAUCUUACGUUGCUCUCUGAGUCUUGUCCCAACCUGAUCUGUUUUGAUAUGAGUGGUUGUGAGAAUGCCCUUCUCAAUCUGCAAGGAUUGGCUGACAUUAGCUCGAAUUGCUCAGGAUUGGCUGCUCUGAAUCUCAAACGUAUUCACAAAGUCGAAAGUGUGGCCUCUCUCUGGGAAGUGCUAGCAGUGAUGAAGAAACUUCGCCAUUUGGCAUUAAGAAAUUGCUUGUGUGUUCCUGACAGAAGUGUUACACCUCCAAGUACUAUCGGUGAACGUGUGUCCCACUUACCCCCGUUUGACGUGCAAAGUCGUUCUCGUAUUCGCCUUAGUGUAAUACGGAUGAAUUUGUUUUCACUUGAAAUUGACUAUAGUCGGGACAAACCCCUUCCGCUUGAUUUUGAAAUGCUUUUGCCAGCUCUGGUACGGGUGCAGCACUUAAGAAUCCUAACCAACUCAAGCGGAACAGUCGAUCUUACCAAUAUCCUACCAAAUCUACCGUCUCUCACUUAUAUGGCCAUUAGAUCACAGAGUAGUUUACCGCAAUUGACUUUACCCACGGACCCAGAGUGUUACUCUUCUUUGAAAAAAAUUUGUAUCUAUAGUGUUAUACCUUGCUUAGAAUUCACUGCUCAGUCAGAAGUUUUUAAAGCACUCUCUCAAUCUCGAUCUCUGACACACCUGUGCCUGAGUAUGACAGAUGCUGAUCAUUUUGUUAACUCUGAAUUGAGUAAUUUUCGUCAUCUCUGUGAGUGUUAUGUGAUGUGUAGAUAUAUGCCUGGACAACAAUCACAGGCACUGCUAGAUGCGAAAGGAAUAUGUGGAUCAGUGAAGUCUGUUCGAACAUCAAGACAAAUGUAUUUAAGGCAAAUGCAAUAUCUUGACCAAGUGGAAGAUGUAAGAUCACUAUUUCGUUUUCAACGGACUUCCUCAUAAAUUGUGUGAAAUGUAUGGCAUUGGCAUUGUGUCAGGAGUACAAUUUAUUUCUAGCACUACAACUGUAUACGUGUCUCUACUCUCUAGAGUAAAAAGAAUAAGUAUAGAGUGAACACUUUAUCUUCAUUCAUGGUGUAAACGUAUGAUUGU